AUGAUUUAUAAUUUAAUUUGGUUGUUUUGACUUUUACCUCAUAAACCAUGAAUUGAAGUUACGAAGGAGAUAAACCACACGUUAGUUUAGCAGAGACAUGAAGAUAGUCCUUAUAAAUAAGAAUAAAGAUAAGACUGAUUCUGCGACGAAGUAAUGGAGAAUUAGAGACAUAAACAAGCUCUCAUCUCAUGUCUUUUCGCUUGCUUCCAUGGAUUCCAACAAUAACAGAGCUUUCUUUCAUAAUAGGUCCAGCUCUCUAUCAAUAGCUGAACAGAUUUGUACAGCUUGUCUACCGUUCAUAGCCAUCAUAGAGGCUCUAGUAAUCUCUACCGUCAGCUGUUGCGCGAAUCGGCAACCACCCAAGAAAUGCCGCGUAGCCAUCAGCGAUCUGGCUCGACUCGCUAAUGAAUCUCGAUUUACUGUUAACGAAGUGGAGGCUUUGCAUGAGCUUUAUGAUGGUUUGAGUUGUUCGAUUACCAAAGAUGGGUUGAUUCACAAGUUGAUAUAUUUAACAAAAGCAGAACUAUAAGAAUUCGGCGACACUCAAUUAUAUUUGAAGCAAGGCAUUGAAGGAUUUCAAUAUCUGAGAAUUUUGUGACAAAUGUUGUCUUGGAUUUCCUUUUCAGAAGUAAUUCUUAUGUUGAAAAACUACUUUAGGAUUUGGUUAUUAUUUAUUUAUUUAUUUUCUAAUGUGUUAUACCCAAAUCCUACACUUUUGCAUGACUCUAGAUAAUGUUGAGCAAGCAUCUCAUGCUUCUGUGUCA